GAGAGAGAGUUCUGUAGAUCGAGAGCGCAGCUCAGAGAGACAUGGUCCAGAUUCCUGUUCCUGCCUUGGCCCUCAUCAUUCUCAUCACCAUGGGGCUCCUCUACAAUGAAGCAGACGCACGUCCAGCUUGCUGCACCCAGUACUCCAGUUACAGGGUGCCUGCGAAAUACGUGAGAGGAUACCGUAUCCAGGACAACAAAGUCUGUCGUCUCAAAGCCGUUGAACUGAUAACCUCUAAAGGCAGGAAGGUCUGUGCUGAUCCCAACCAAGACUGGGUGAUGGAGAUUAUGGUCAAACUACCGGUUAAGGUAAUAAACAUGAGGACUCACAAAACCAAAGGUUAACCCAUCAAUGGACUGCAGGGCAAAUGCGCCUUUGAAAA